AACCGGCGAGGCCGGGCGACCCGAAAGCCGUGGCUGAGAGAAGCGUCCGAGCCGGGGAAGCAGUGCGGCGUGUUGGUUAGCGCGGCCAGAUGCGUAGGGGUCGGCCCUGGGUUAAAACCCACAGCCUCCGCUUCCUAGCUCUCGUCACACAGUCCCUAAGUUUACUUCCUGUGAAGUUCAACAGAAUUAACUUUGCCUAACCAAACAGUAAUUGUUAGCUGAGACUUUUUAUGCCAGAAGCAUGAGCUACUGUAUGUAAUAUAAUUACAGCAGGGAAGGGCAACUUUUAUCCCCCCUUUAAGCAGUGACGAAAUGAGCCUCUAUGGUCAGAUUCCUAAGCAAGCAGCACAGUUGGAUUCGACCCACUACCCCUCAGAUGGGUGGCUGAAAUGAGUUGAUUUUGAGGAGUUUCACUGCUUAUUGGCAAGCGCCACUCUCGGAACCUGUUUUCCUUCUCUGUAAAAUGAGGAAAAUAAUUUCUAUCAGGAUUCAUCCAUUCAUUACUGGAAAAGGGUUUAUUUUGUGCUUUAAACCCUUAUGUUAGGCGACGGGGUUUCGGCAGGGACCAACACACACGUGUCACUGUCCCUAUCUGGAAUUUACAAUGUGUUCAAUUUUGUGGAGAGUCCGCAAAUCUCUGAGUAAUGAGGAAAACCUGAAACUCUUUGGGAAAUGUAACAAUCCAAAUGGCCAUGGGCACAAUUAUAAAGACGCUGAGCAGCAGCUUGAUCCUCCCUGUGUAUCAACAUUUUGUGGUGACAGUACAUGGAGAGAUUGAUCCGGUUACAGGAAUGGUUAUGAAUUUGACUGACCUAAAAAAAUACAUGGAGGAGGCAAUUAUAAAGCCCCUAGAUCACAAGAACUUGGAUCUGGAUGUGCCAUACUUUGCAGAUGUUGUAAGCACGACAGAAAAUGUAGCUGUAUAUAUUUGGGAGAACCUCCAGAAAUUUCUUCCUGUCAGAGUUCUUUAUAAAGUAAAAGUAUAUGAAACUGACAAUAAUAUUGUAAUCUAUAAAGGAGAAUAGUUCUUAAUGAAUAACACUGUAAAAAGACUAGUUUCUUUCCAUAUCUGAAAAAGAUCUUGGUCCUUGUAUAAUGUGAAGCAGUCACUACAUAAUUUGUGUAUCUGUAUGUUGUGUUGUAGAGUGCCUGAUUUAUUGAAAUCAUUGUAAGGUCUGUUAUAAAUUUGUCUGUUUUAAAAUAAAAUAUAUUGUGAAUAUCUUUUUUUCUUUUUAUGGUUCUUGACAUCAAAUGCAGCCCCCCCCACACUUUGCCACUAAGUGCACAUAUGCAUAAAUGAAUAUGCCAGACCCUCUGACUGUCAUUUGGAGUAUCUUUUAUCUAUAGAUUUGGUUUGUUUGUUU